AGAUUCACACUCUAGUCUCAACAUAGCAAGGAAAAAGAACAUAACCAUCAAAUAGUUGUUUCCUAGAUGGAUUCAAAGAAGUCCAACAAGAUCAGAGAGAUUGUUAGGCUUCAACAAAUCCUCAAGAAGUGGAAGAAAGUUGCAAAUACUUCCAAGAAUGACUCUGUCUCUGCGGUCACCACCACCGCCGCCACUACCACUGUCACCGCCACCAGUGGAAGUAGCAACAAAGGCAUCAAGUUUUUAAAACGAACUUUGUCAUUCACAGAUGUUUCUUCUUCCAAUAAUGACAUCGUUCCAAAAGGGUUUCUUGCUGUUUGUGUGGGGAAAGAACUCAAGAAAUUCAUCAUUCCCACACAUUACUUGAGACACCAAGCAUUUGAGAUGUUACUGCAAGAGGCCGAAGAGGAAUUUGGUUUCCAGCAAGAGGGUGUGCUCAAAAUUCCGUGUGAAGUUUCAGUGUUUGAGAAGAUAUUGAAGGUGGUGGAAGAUAAAAAAGAAGCAUUCCUCAGCUUGCAUGAGUUUGGGUUGAGUGGAGAGAACAACAAGAUUAAUAGUUGUGAAGUUACUCCCACUCAUCAUGCUCAAGUGUGUAGAUGAUCAACAUAAGAAUUCUUUUUUGUCUCUUUUCAUUUAUCUUCUCACAGUUCUUGCUCUUCUAAAUGAUUUUCUUUCGAGUUUGUGAAAGACAAUACAUUAAUUAGAAAGAAGUGAGAAUUAUAUUAA